UGUUGGGUUGGGACAGUCAACGACAGAUCUCACUCUAGGAUAAGCGUUGAGUGAGCCGGCCAACGAAGACGACCGUUCUAUCGCGUGACUGUUGGCAGUUGGACAACUAUCAGUCUUCUGUAGUUAUGGCAUCAUUAAGGGCAUUCGGUGCCUUGUCUCGCGUCAAGAGCGCAUUACCGGUUCGGCAAUUUCAAGGUCUAGGCUUUGCUCAACGCUGGCUGUCCUUGACUCCAUCAAUGCUGUCAGCAAUGCAGUUGACCAAGAAAGAUGGCAUUGCUGUCAUUUACUUGGACCAGCCAGGCAAGGUCAAUGUGCUCAAUGAAGAGACUAUGGUCAGUGUUGUUAAAUACAUGACUGAAAUAGAGACAUCUCCAGACAUCAAGGCUGCAGUCCUCAUCUCCAAGAAACCAGGCUGCUUCAUUGCUGGUGCUGACAUUACCAUGCUGGAUAAGGUCAAGACGGCUGCUGAUGGUGCUGCCAUUGCAGCUGAAGGCCAAAGCAUCAUGGACCGCAUUGAGAAGUCUCCCAAGCCCAUUGUUGCAGCCAUCAUGGGCUCAUGUCUUGGGGGUGGACUUGAGGUGGCUAUGGCGUGCCAUUACCGUGUAGCUGUGAAGGACAAGUCCAGCUUAGGUCUGCCUGAGGUGAUGCUUGGACUCUUGCCUGGCAGUGGAGGAACUCAGCGCACUCGUAAGCUUGUUGGGCUACCCAAUGCUCUUGAUAUGGCACUUACUGGUAAAACAAUCAAGGCUGAGAAGGCCAAGAAAAUGGGACUUGUUGACCAGCUUGUAGAUCCCAUUGGCCCUGGACUAAUGGACCCAGAAACCAGAACUCUUGAAUUUCUAGAAGAGGUAGCCAUUCAAACUGCCAAGAAUAUAGCCAAUGGAGACCUCAAAAUACAACGAGGUCCCAAGACAACAAUGGAGAAAUUAAUGCAAUCGGCUCUGCAGUACAACUUUGUGAAGAACUAUAUUUUCAACAAGGCUAAAGAGCAGGUCAUGAAACAAACUAAUGGUGUUUACCCUGCUCCCUUGAAGAUCCUGGAAGUCAUUCGAACGGGACUAGAUAAGGGGAUGCAAGAAGGGCUCAAAGCUGAAGCUCAAGGCUUUGGAGAACUGCUUGCCACGCCAGAGUCCACUGGCCUCAUGGGGUUGUUCCAUGGACAAACCGAGUGCAAGAAAAACAAGUUUGGACCUCCUGCAAGACCACCGAAGGUGCUGGGAAUUCUGGGUGCUGGUCUCAUGGGUGCAGGCAUUGCUCAAGUAUCCAUUGACAAGGGCUACCGGACCAUCCUGAAAGACAUGAGCGAGGCUGGCCUCGCAAGGGGCAUUGAUCAGAUACAGAAAGGCGUCGACACGGCCGUCAAAAGGAAGCGAUAUAGCCGCUUUACUGGUGAGCUCAACAUGAGCAACCUGGAAGCUACCUUAUCCUACGAUGUAUUCAAGGAUGUGGACAUGGUCAUUGAGGCUGUGUUCGAGGACAUUGCCCUCAAGCAUAAGGUUAUUAAGGAAGUUGAGAAGCACAUUCCUGAACACUGUAUAUUUGCAUCGAACACUUCAGCUCUGCCCAUUACCAAAAUAGCAGAGGGCAGUAGCAGGCCAGAGAAAGUUGUUGGCAUGCACUAUUUCUCCCCAGUCGACAAAAUGCAGCUGCUCGAGAUUAUCACUACGGAUAAAACUAGUAAAGAAACUGCAGCUGCUGCCGUACAGGUCGGGCUUAAGCAAGGCAAGGUCGUCAUUGUAGUAAAGGACGGCCCAGGCUUCUACACUACCCGCAUUCUUGCUCCCAUGCUGGCUGAGGUCAUCAGAGUGCUGCAGGAGGGAGAAGACCCUAAGAAGGUAGACAAGCUCUGCAAGAAGGCUGGCUUCCCUGUUGGUGGCGUGACCCUCGCUGACGAAGUAGGUCUUGAUGUCGCCGUCCACAUCGCCAGUUUCUUGGGAAAAGAAUUCGGCCACCGCGCUGGUGGUGCCGACUUUAGGGUCAUGCAAGACAUCGUUGCUGCCGGCUUCCACGGCCGCAAGUCCGGCAAAGGCUUCUUCGUAUACGAGAAGGGCUCCAAGGACAGGCCUAUCAACACGGGAGCUGAAGAUAUCCUCAAAAAGUACAAAGUUGAGCCCCGAGGCUGCCAGAGUGACGACGACAUCAUCAUGAGAUGCUUGUCGCGGUUCAUCAACGAGUCCAUCUACUGUCUGCAGGACGGUGUCCUCGCCUCGCCCUUGGAAGGAGACGUCGGUGCCGUUUUCGGACUUGGCUUCCCGCCCUUCACUGGAGGACCUUUCCGGUAUGUUGACAACUACGGUGCAGCCAAGCUGGUGGGCAGGAUGGAGCAGUUCGCCGCCGCAUACGGUCCUGAGUUCCAGCCCUGCCAGCUGCUCCUUGAUCACGCCAAGUCCGGCGCCAAGUUCUACAAGAAAUAAACCCACUGAACCUUCCUACAUAAUGUUCAGUUGUUCAAAAACUGAACCUACCUAAGAUUCAUAAUUUCUCUAAGAACUGAACCCUAACAUCCUCGAAAAUAAACCCAACACUCGAACGUUCAUGAGCUUCAACUUGUCAAAUGAUCACUUAAGCCCCGUUAUGUCAGCUGUCGAUUAGACCACGAACUCCAGAGGGAGAUUCCUAGAAACUACUAAAUUAUAUUUGAUCGAAAUUGUUCAUUACAUUUUAACCUAAUACUCCAUUCAUGUAAGACACAGUGUAAAUAAUAUUAUAUUUAUUGAAACUUGACACGAGCGAAUUUGAAAUUACUUGCGAAAUUUCAAUCGUACUUACAGGAAUAUCACCUUGUAAAGUUUUCAUCUGCUAUGGCAGACAGUGAUUCCAAAUAUCACUUAUAUAUUUUUGUAUAAGUAAUGUCUACCCCCUAUUCAGAUUUAGGUUGAAUGUUUGUACUGGAUUCCAAGGGAACUUUUUUUUUCAUUUCAGCUUUUUGAACAAAUCAAUUGACGUUCAGGGAAGGCUGUUGACUGGAGAAUCAAAUGAAAUUUUUUUUAUUUUUUCUAAAUCAAAAGCUCAAAAUAAUAGAUGUUUAAUAUAUUGCUUUCGAGAACAAAAUACACACAAAAUUCUGAAAAUCUUAACAUGUGCUAAUACUCAACUCGUAUUGAAAUUUAUGAAAGCCAUUGAAAGAGAUGACAGUUCUAACUUCUUCGAGUGGGAGAGCGGCCUUUCAUUUCCUUGCAGUUAGCUCUCAGUCUACAUGCUGUAUAUCUUGCAUCCAGUGUACAUGCUGCUGUCUCGCAUCCAGUGUAUAUGCUGUCCUUGUCUCACUAUGACUAGACCGCGUCCUGUUAAGCAGUUUUGUGAGAUAAGAUGGACUUGAGAACGCGUUGUGUGCCUUUUUAGAUAAAAAAUUUUUAUUUAAUUGUGAAAGCGGUUGGUAGCUACUUCUACUUAAGGGUUGGGUUAUCAGUUGAAAAGGGUUUGCUUCCAACUGAUGGUAGGGUUCGUGAUUAUCACUUUGAUUCUCGUUGUAGACUUCGUCAAUUGUUUUGAAUUAUUAAUUCUGGACAUUAGUUUGUUACUUAUAUUGAACCAAAACUAUCACUCUAUUACAUACCCUGAGAUAUAAAUUGGGACAGUUACUAAAAAUGCGAAAUUUUAUUAAUGUUUUUGUAUGAAAAAAAUCUUUCAAAAAUUUUAUUUUAGAAGUUUCGUGCGUUAGCAUUGUCUAUAUAAUUCAUAAAAUGAAAAUAUUCAAGAAAGGGUUUGCUUAACAAUGUGCCAUUCAUAUUAAAUAUAUAUUUGAUUAAUACUAAAACUGAAGAUUUGAGUAUUCUAAUGAGGAGACUUCCUCUUAUAUAUUGUUUUUUCUUUAUUCCAUGACAGCAAAUUACCAGGAAUUGUAACUGCUUUGCGAGGAUUAUUUGCACCAAAUUGAAUUUAUUCUAUAACCCUGGAUUGACUACAAGACCGUCCACUCCUGAUUGUGACAAGUGCUCUGAAGCACAGCAUUUGACAAACAAACUUCAUGCAAGCUUUGUUAUUUGUGCUCCAUUCGAGGAAGUUCUCAGGAACCUGCCUGGAUAUUUUGACGCUAAGUUCGAUAUUAUUGCGCUAAAUAUCGGCUACUUAAGCAAAAAAUGAUCAGGAAGUUCAAUUUAUAAGUGCUAUCCGUCUUUGAUGAAGAUAUCCGGUUUGUAUAGAAGGAUAUCUUUAUCUUUUUUUUUUCUUGUUUAGGUACAAUUAUAUUAACCAUAACAGCGCUGUCAAUGCAAGUAUGUGUGUAAGGUUCUUUUCUUCUUUGGUGACUAAUUCCUUCAUGUGGUGUGUUGAUUUUUUGCAGGUGUAAAUGAAAAUACAAACUAUUUUAGCCA